AUGUCUGAAUCUACUGCCUUGGACAGUUCACGCUCGAGCACGCUUAUUACCCUUCCUGCUGGCACCUCCUACAAUGGGGAGAGUUGUUUCGAUGUUCUCCAGGAGGAUGAAGAGGUGGUACCUGAUUGGUCACUUUGUGUGCACCCACAAGGAUGGGUUUAUUUCUUUAACCCUCUACUCAAAGUAGUAACAGAUCAAGACAUUCGAAAGCCUUCCGUUUUCGGAUUGACGAAGGAGAAUUGCCUCCAGUAUCCUCUAGAUGAACUGUCGGAUGGAAUGGAAGUACACCUUCACCUCCAAUCCUUGAUUGGGAACGGGAACACUUCUGUAUUCGGUCUUGCGGUGAAUCACGUCCAUUGUGUCGCGUCGUACGAUCUCCAGGAAAUUAAGAGCAAUAAUGCUUGCUUUCUUACUCCUAAGAGACUAAACAGAUGUCGUCGACUGUACUGGAACUAUCUAUGGAAUCACCCUGCACACGUACCAUCUCCAUCCAGAGCUAUUGAAGACGCUUCAGAAGCGUUGACUUGGUUCUACACAGAUAAUCUAAUAUCCGGCGCAAAGAGCACCGUUCCCUUCUCCAAAGUAGAAUGCGACGAGCUGUCCCGGAUCGUUCGAGAACUAACUGUCUCUUCCAAUGAUAGAUCUGUCUCAAAGACCGUCUUUCUUUCCUGGCUUCUUCGUGAAGUGUGCAGUUUUCGUGACGCGGAAGACUGGGGCCAGUAUACUCAGAAAGAUUUGAUCGCUCUCAGGCAGCGGAGAACAAACCCUCCUCAGACUGUACAUCUCCCGCCGCCCGUGGUUCUCUUCCUGCUGAAUUUCGUCAUUAAUGUGCUCUUCUUCGGAAUUCCCCAUACCUAUCGUGCUCAUGUUAAGGCGACCAGCGAAUAUCGUGGAAGACUCGCCAACGUCCAACAGAAUUGGGCAAAGUACAUUGAGCGGCUUGUACGAGAAUACUCGCAUUUUUUGCUCAUUUCCACUGUGCUUCUCUCAGCGACUGUUGGGUUCCUAGCGGUCCCAAACAUACCUGAAGGUGCUCAAGUAGCCGGAACUAUUUCUGCAUUGGCGUCACUGGGAAGUAUAAUUGUUGGCGUCUUCUCCAUCUGGAGACACCAAGCAAAUACCGCCACAGCAGAUUCUUUCACCUAUAUGCAUAAUGUUCAGCGUAGAUAUCUUGGGCUUUACGGACACGCGAUUCUUCUCAGUCUUCCUCCGACUCUUCUGGUUUGGGCUAUCCUGACCUUCAUCAUCUCGAUAGUUGUGUACGUGAUGCAUGGCAUUACCGAAGAUGGCACUUGGACGAGAGUAUCGGCCUGGGCGGUCUUUACCGUGUUUGUGAUCUUCGUCUUCAUAGUUUUUCUCGCUCUCUACACCUUCGCGAUCGUUUGGAAAGUCCGGAGAAGGUCUGCAGGGAUCCGGUACCGCAUCAGCUCGUUAUGGACCCAAGAGUCAAAAGCUAGAGGACAAGGAACGGAGGCUUGA